UGUGUGGCCUCGACUAAAUCUCCAUUCUAUCCCUCUCUCUCCCCUUCGCAAUUUUUCUCGCUUGAUUAUCUCACUAUUUGUUAUACUACUACCUUAUUUCCAUCUAAUUCCUCUCCAACUCUAUCUUAAAUUCGAUAAUUUGCUAGGUUUUUGGAAGGGAAAUCAUAUUUGUGUUUUUGGUGUGCUGAUGAAAACUCAGUUUAUGUGUUCUAUUAAUUCAGCUUUCAUGGUUUCUCUCAAGGAAUUGUGGUCGGCUUUCUGUUUCAAUGCCUAGUUUCAUCGUCGAUGCUUCGGAUUAGAUAUGAUGUCGCCUUCGUCAAUGUCAGUUUCUAUUGAAUGUGUGAAUAUAUGCAAGUUGUGGAAGGGGGACGUGGCUGGAAGAUUUGAUUGCAGCAUGCUAUCGUGUGCUUCUAAAGCUCCGAGGGUGCUGACUGGAUUUCUUGCAAGCACUGCACAUCCUCCUCAGGCGUGUGGAAGAAUUGUGAGCAGAAGUAGUAUCCGAUGUAGAUGCGAAGUUCAUAAUUGGGGAGAAUGUUGCUUAUAUGAGACCUCCAAUCUUGCCAGUUUGCAGAAACUUGAGAUAGCAAGUACUGGACAUUCUGUUCGCAACAAAUGGAAGUUAUAUUGUUCUCCAUCUUCUUCUUCUUCUUCUUCUUCAGAACGUUGCAACGUUUCUCCAGACAGCUUAUGGGAGGAUCUUAAACCUGGCAUCUCAUAUCUAUCCCCAAAGGAAUUGGAUUUGGUUCGCAAGGCCCUGAAUUUGGCUUUUGAGGCACAUGAUGGUCAAAGAAGGCGCAGUGGGGAACCCUUUAUUAUACACCCGGUUGCAGUUGCUCAAAUUCUCGGUGAACUAGAACUGGAUUGGGAGUCUAUUGCGGCUGGACUUUUGCAUGAUACAGUGGAAGACACAAAUGUGGUUACUUUUGAAAGUAUAGAGAAAGAAUUUGGAGCAGCUGUUCGUCACAUUGUGGAAGGGGAAACAAAGGUAUCUAAACUUGGGAAACUCAAGUCAAAGAAUGAGAGUCAUUCUGUUCAAGAUGUGAAAGCAGACGACCUCCGUCAGAUGUUUCUGGCCAUGACUGAAGAGGUCCGUGUUAUAAUUGUCAAAUUGGCCGACAGAUUGCACAACAUGCGGACUCUUGCACAUAUGCCUCCACAUAAGCAGUCCAGUAUUGCUAUGGAAACGCUGCAGGUUUUUGCUCCUCUGGCAAAACUGCUUGGAAUUUACCAGAUAAAGACCGAACUUGAAAAUCUGGCGUUUAUGUACACAAACCCUGAAGAUUAUCCAAAGGUCAAGAGAAGAGUUGCAGAACUUUAUCGAGAACACGAAAAAGAUCUCAAAGAGGCAAACCAAAUUUUGAUGAAAAGGAUUGACGCCGAUCAAUUCUUAGACCUUCUCACUGUGAAAACUGAGGUUCAGCCUGUGUGUAAGGAACCUUACAGCAUUUAUAAAGCCGUUCUUAAAUCUAAAAGCUCAAUAAAUGAAGUUAAUCAGAUUGCUCAGCUGCGAAUUAUUAUAAAACCAAAGCCGUGCGCGGGAGUUGGACCCUUGUGUAAUGCGCAACAGAUAUGCUACCAUGUGCUUGGACUUGUCCAUGGAAUUUGGACACCUAUCCCUCGAGCUAUGAAGGAUUAUAUUGCCACUCCGAAGCCUAAUGGCUAUCAGAGUCUUCAUACUACAGUGAUUCCCUUUCUUUAUGAAAGCAUGUUCAGGCUGGAAGUUCAGAUUAGGACAGAAGAGAUGGAUUUGAUUGCUGAAAGAGGCAUCGCUGCGCAUUAUAGUGGCAAAGUUUUUGUGAAUGGGUUGGUUGGACACGCCAUGCCAAGUGGCAGAACGUCCAGAGGGAAAACGGUUGGCCUUAACAAUGCUAAUAUUGCUCUCAGGAUAAGCUGGCUAAAUGCAAUCCGGGAGUGGCAGGAGGAAUUUGUUGGAAAUAUGAGCUCUAGGGAGUUUGUUGACACAGUCACCAGGGAUCUUCUUGGUAGUCGUGUCUUUGUAUUUACACCUAGGGGAGAGAUUAAGAAUCUGCCUAAAGGGGCGACAGUAAUUGAUUAUGCGUAUAUGAUCCACACUGAAAUUGGAAACAAAAUGGUUGCUGCAAAGGUUAACGGCAAUCUUGUCUCCCCAACACAUAUGCUUGUGAACGCUGAAGUAGUCGAGAUUAUAACAUAUAAUGGGCUCUCAAAUAAAUCUGCCUUUCAGCGACACAAGCAGUGGCUCCAAUACGCAAAAACACGAAGUGCUCGACACAAGAUUAUGAAACAGUUUCUGAGAGAGCAGGCUGCACUAUCAGCAUCUGAAAUAACUGCUGAUUCUGUGGAGGAAUUUGUUGCUGAAUCUGAAGAGGAAAGCAAAGAGGAACCAGCUGUAAAUUACUCUGAGGGGCCUAAGCAUACGUGGCAGAAAUUAUUGAGGAAUGUCAUGCAAAUUGCAUCCUCAAAAGCAAAUAGUGAAGAUAUAUUCCAAUUUGACAAGGGGAACAUUCAGAUUCCAACUGUUAACGGGAAGCACAACAAGAAUAUGCAGCACGUGAGUUUGAAGGCAAAGGGAGAAGUGCUAUCUCAAGGAAAUGGUGUUGCAAAGAUGAUUCGUGCCAAUAUUCCUCUGUACAGAGAAGUGUUACCAGGACUUGAGGUGUGGCAAGCCAGCAAGAUUAUGUCUUGGCACAACCUCGAGGGUAACUCUAUCCAGUGGCUGUCCAUAGUCUGCAUAGACCGUAAAGGGAUGAUGGCAGAUGUCACAUCAGCACUUGCAGCUGUAGGAAUUACCAUAUGUUCUUGUGCUGCUGAGAUUGAUCGAAGGAAGGGAAUGGGUGUCAUGUUGUUUCAGGUCGAAGCAAGCUUGGACGAUUUGUCCAAUGCUUGCUCGAAGGUGGAUCUGAUCCUCGGUGUUUUGGGGUGGUCAACCGGUUGCAGCUGGCUGAGCUCAUCAGAGACUCGCCAGUUUCUAGAGUGUUAAAUGUCUGGUAUGGUUCACUCAGCUGCUAAUGGUUGGGGAUUAAGUUUUGUAUCAAGAGAAAUGGUUCACCUUUUGGAUAUGGGAUUAUUCAGCUUCUAGUUGUCAAAUUCUUUUGAACCCUACAGUCAAAUAAGACCAGUAUAAAUGCUAGCGAAAUCUGUAUAUAGAAAGAAGAGAGUUAGUAUAGUGGUGAAAGUAUACCUGUAAAGGGAAUGGUAGAUGAGCACAGUUUCCUUUCACAUAUUUGACAAUAUCAUGACUUUUUUUUUUGUGCU